AUGUCUCCAGCCUUACCUGCUUUCUUCUGUCUUGGGCUGUGUGUACUACAAGCGAUCCAAGCACAGAGUGGCCCAUUCCCUAAGCCUUCACUCAGGGCUCAUCCCAGUGACCUGGUGCCCCUGAAGCAGUCAGUCACUCUUCGGUGCCAGGGGCCUCCAGUCGUGGAUUUAUAUCGCCUGGAGAAACUGACAUCGAAGGAGUAUGAAAAUCAGAACUUUCUCUUUAUCCCGACCAUGAAAACAAGUAAUGCUGGACGCUACCGCUGUUCGUAUCAGAAUGGGAGUCACUGGUCUCCCGCAAGCGACCAGCUCGAGUUAAUUGCUACAGGUGUUUACCAUAAGCCCUCACUCUCAGCUCAUCCAGGCUCAGUGGUUCCUCCAGGCCGGGAUGUGACCCUGCAGUGCCAGACCCAGUAUGGCUUUGAUCAAUUUGUUCUAUACAAAGAAGGGGAUACUGGGUCUAAUAAGAAACCCGAGAGAUGGUACCGGGAUAAUACCGAGCUUUAUAAGAACCUGGAGAGCUGGUACCGGGCUGAUUUCCCCAUCAUCACAGUGACUCCGGCUCACAGUGGGAUUUACAGGUGUUACAGCUUUUCCAGCUCAUCUCCGUACCAGUGGUCAGCCCCCAGCGACCCCCUGGUGCUUGUGGUUACAGGACCCUCUGCCACUCCCCGCCAGGUAUCCACAGAGUUGUCGUCUCCCACAACAGACCUCUCCAGGAGAUCUUCCAACUUACCUUCUACCAAGAUAUCUACAACUGAGAAGUCUAGGAAUACCACUGUCUCUCCACAGGGGUCAAGUCCUCCAUUUGGUUUUUCCCACCAGCGCUAUGCCAGAGAGAAUCUGGUCCGAAUAUGCCUUGGUGCCAUGAUAAUAAUAUUCUUGCUGGGGCUUUUGGCAGAGGACUGGCACAGUCGGAAGAAACGCCUGGCACACAGGAUCAGAGCUGCGCAAAGACCACUCCCACCCCUCCCACGGGCCUAG